AUGGGUUAUAAGAAGUCCAAGGAAAUCCAAGAAAUUCUAAGGAAAUCCAAGAAAUUCCCAGGAAAUCCGAGGAAUUUCAAGGAAAUCCAAGAAAUUCCAAGGAAAUCCAAGGAAUCCCAAGGAAAUCCAAGAAAAUCCAAGGAAUUCCAAGGACAUCUAAGGGAAUUCAAGGAAAUCCAAGGAAUUCCAAAGAAAUCCAAGAAAUUCCAAGGAAAUCCAAGGAAUUCCAAGGAAUCCAAGGAAUCCAAGAAAGUCCAAGGAAAUCCAAGGAAAUCCAAAGAAUUCCAAGGCAAUCCAAGAAAUUACAAGGAAAUCCAAGGAAUUCCAAGGAAUUCCAAGGAAUUCCAAGGAAAUCCAAGGAAUCCCAAGGAAAUCCAAGAAAAUCCAAGGAAUUCCAAGGACAUCGAAGGGAAUUCAAGAAAAUCCAAGAAAUUCCAAGGAAAUCCAAGAAAAUCCAAGAAAUUCCAAGGAAAUUCAAGGAAAUUCCAAGGAAAUUCAAGGGAAUCCAAGGAAAUUCAAGGGAAUCCAAGGAAUUCCAAAUUCCAAGGAAUCCAAGGAAUUCCAAGGAAUCCAAGGAAUUCCAAGGAAUCCAAGGAAGUCCAAGGAAAUCUAAGGAAAUCCAAGGAAAUCCAAGGAAAUCCAAAGAAUUCCAAGGAAAUCCAAGAAAUUACAAGGAAAUCCAAGGAAUUCCAAGGAAGUCCAAGGAAUUCCAAGGAAAUCCACGGGAAUCCAAGGAAAUCCAAGAAAUUCUAA